AUGGUUGUAACUAUUAUUAAACAUAAACCUCGAAAUAAGAGAAAAGCUCUCUCGGCCUUGAAAGAUGAAAAUGGCGGUAAGAAAUCCAAAUUGUCUGAAUAUUCCAGUAAGCAAGCUGUGGAUGAUAUAAUUGAAUCUGUGGAUGAUAUGUCUAACCCAUUAUAUGAACUGCUGUCCAAUGAUUUCAAAUCGAAAGAAGAAUUCACUGUGAAUGAUAUUGCAAUGAUGUUUAAGUCGCUGGCUGAAACGAUUCUCAAGCUUCAAUCCCAAAACACAAUGUUGAAAAACCAAAACUGUAUUCUAAAUGCCAAUUUGUCGAAUCUUACGGAAAAAGUUGAUGGCUUGGAGGAGAAUCUCAAAUUGUUAUCAUCUCAACCUAAGGAAUCACCAAAACCUCCUACUACAUUAAUUAAAACUUUUGCUUCAGCUGUCGCCUCAACCAUCUCUGCUCCAGAAUCCCAAAUCACUUUCAUGCGAGCUGCCUCAUUGGCUAACUCUGAAGAUGCACGGAAAUCGAAUGUGAUCAUCAAAAAUAUCGACCUUUCGGAAGAAGCUAUUGAGAAAGCUGAAUUCGCCUCUAAAAUUGCCAAGGACUGUGGUACUUCGACGCCAUCGGUUUUUCGCAUACCUCAUCCGGCCAAAGGGCCGCCCAUUGUGCGCCUGGCAUUCAAGUCCAAGGAGGAAGCAAGAACUGUCCUCACCAAAUUCAACUCAAUCAAGGCUUCAAUACAGGGGUGCUUGAAUGCGUCUCCCCGCCCAGACCUCUCCAAACCAGAACUCGAGAAAUAUCGACAAUCCUGGAAAACGGUGAUCCAAAAGAACAACGAGGCAGGUCAAACCAUUUAUACGAACAAAGUCCUCCAACUCGAUCUAUGGUCUUCUAAUUCCAACAUCGAUAUUCUCUGUUUAGUGGAAACUAAAAUUGAUUCAAACUAUCCUGACUCCCUGCUAUCUCUUGAUGAAAAAUAUGCUGUAAUCCGGAAAGAUCGAAACAGACAUGGCGGAGGUCUAGCCAUACUAAUCAAGAAGCCUAUCAAUUAUACGGUAGUAUCACUUCCGACACAUCUUGAAUCCGUUGAAAUUCUAUCUGUGGAUAUCAAAAUACAUGGCAAAACUACAAGAUUAAUUGACCUUCGAGAAUCACUUAACAUACUCUUGUCAACUGAAAAUCCAUCUAUUAUCACUGGAGAUUUCAAUUGUGCCCAUGUUGAUUGGAAUUCAUAUACAGCAUCUGCAUCUCAAUGCCAGUCACUGUUGGACGUUUCGCUUUAUAAUGGCCUGACGCAAUUUGUACAAAAUCCAACAAGACUCGAACCACCAAAUAUAUUGGAUCUGGUGUUCACUAAUUCCAUGGACAUUAUUCGUGAUGUCAUU